UUUUUGUAAAUGCGAACUAUUCGCAAUUGGUUAAAAAUAAACAAAAUAACCAAAAGCGACAUCCUGAUUUUGAAAGUGAAUUAGUUGAAAAGCAUGCUCAUAUGGAGCAUGCUAAUGAAAUAGCAGUUGAAAAAAAUACUUGUGAAAUUGGCAUUCAAACUAAUGAGAUUGGUGUGCAAGUUAAUAAAGAGACCCGUGAAAUUGGCAUACAAGCAUUUGAUAAUAUGUCGCAUACUCUUGAAAAUUACAUUCAUUUACUUCAAGCACAAUUGGAUAUAAAAAUCAAUGAAAUAGAAACUCUUCAAAAACAAUUAGAAUAUGCGUAUGAUUAUAUUAUUAAAAGUUGGGAACAAAUUCAGGAAAUAAACCAAAUAAAUAAGGAGCUGUCUGAACAAAAUAAUAUAUUAAAAUAUAAAUGGGAAAAUCAUUAUAAUAAUCAAAAAAAAAGAAUUGACUCAGUAAUUCAAAUUGCAAAUUAUGAAUGCCAAAAUGUUUAUGAUGAUAUCAAAUCAUUAAUUCUAAAUAAACAACAAUUUUCUCUUAGCAGUUUAUUGAAUUUUGUACCCGAAACUUG